GCAAGGACUAUAAUUAACAACAAAAAAUGCCCUCUCACGAAAAUGAAUACGAGAUAAAUACCCAUUCCUCUACCGCGCGCUCUCGUGCCGAUUUUCCGUGGCACCCCUUGCAGACUCGUAUUCAAGAUGUCAUCCUCCCAGGCAGACUCAUUAUUGUCGGUGACGUACACGGCCAUCUGCCCGAACUCAAGAAAUUACUCGAAAAAGUUUCGUAUAACAGAUCCAAUGGCGACAAACUUAUGUUUGUUGGAGACUUGAUCAACAAGGGUCCUGAUAGUCCCGGUGUUGUCCAGUUGGCGAUUGAGCUCGGGGCAUGUGCGAUAAGAGGGAAUAAUGAAGACAGGGUGCUUGCUGCGCAUUCUGCUAUCAAAAGGGGGGAGGAUAAGAAGCUUGUUGAGAGGUUGAAGAAGCUGGCGCUUGAAGCGGAAAAGGAGAACGAGGUCAAAGAGGGCGAAGCGGCCGUAGCUGAGGCGAAGGAGGAUUUGAAGUCAAUAUCACCGGAGGAUCUCAAACCUUACAGUUCGGAAAGCGACUUGACAACUGCCGCCAAUCUUACCGAUGAGCAAAUCUCUUGGCUGGCUUCGCAGCCGCUGAUUCUACGGAUCAAACUACGAAAGGGAGCGACAUCACCGCCCUGGAACUCUGGGACUCUGCUUGUCGCGCAUGGCGGUCUGGUCCCCUUACUUCCACUGGAAGAACAAGAUCCAUGGGCCGUCAUGAACAUGAGAGGACUGGUAUACCGAGACCCAGCAGCUAAAGUCACCGAGUCCAUUCGAGCAGGUCUACUGAAGGGAGCCAAGAGUCGGACGCGACGUUAUGCGGCAUACCACGAUACCACUGAUGCAGGUAUAAAAGCCGAGUUGGAGAAAUGGGCAGAUGCUGUUAAUAACGGCGAAGGCUUCAGUGGUGAGUACAAAGAGGGUGUUAUUGGAUUUCCCCUCGAAACUCGAGAGGGUCAUUGGUGGAUUGAUGCUUGGAAUCGAUGGCAGAACUCGAUUGAGGAUCCCGAGAAGCGCAGUAUUGUCGUCUACGGACAUGAUGCAAGAGUUGGGAUACAAGUUGGUAAAGACUCGCCCGGGGUUGCGAGAUAUACCUUUGGUCUGGACUCUGGCUGUGUAUAUGGGAAGAGCUUGACGGCUAUGGUCAUUGACCAGAAGGGGGAUGGCAAGGGACUGUCACAUUCGAUAGUCCAGGUUGAUGCGAUCAAGCAGGAUGAAGAAAAUGAAUGAGACGCGGUUUGAUAUCCAUAUCCGCUCCAUUAACUUCAAGAAGAUGCGACGACGCUGCAGAUCAUCAUCAUUGCAGCUGCUGUUGCUGUAGCUCCUCAUAAAUCUUAGAUUUAGCUGCAUCAUAGUCCGACGCGAGUCAACUGAUUCAAAGGUGGCAUGCUAUUCGCUCGUAGCCUGUUGGUUUCGUAUAAGUCCUCGUGUUUACUUAUUCAUGCGAAACACGCUGAACUUGA